CUCAGGCUUGGCCCCGCCCCACGAGGAACUUCCCGGUGGCGGCGGCGGCGACGGUGGCCGUGAGGGCCCGGUGCGCGCUCUCCCAUGGCGGAGUGGGAGGAUGUCGCUGGUGUUGGGGCUCCUGUCGCACACGCUGAGCAGGGUGCUGUGGUACUCCGGGCUGCGUAGGGGCUGCCAUGCCCCCCGGAACAAGGCCAUGGAGCAGGACAAGGCGCUCGAGGUUUACGAUAUAAUCCGUACUAUCCGGGACCCGGAGAAACCUAAUACUUUAGAAGAACUGGAAGUGGUAACGGAAAGCUGUGUUGAAGUGCACGAGAUAGGUGAAGACGAGUAUCUGGUUAUCAUCAGGUUUACACCAACAGUACCUCAUUGCUCUUUGGCUACUCUCAUUGGCCUUUGUUUAAGAAUAAAACUUCAGAGAUGUUUGCCUUUUAGACAUAAGCUGGAAAUCUACAUAUCUGAAGGUACACAUUCCACAGAAGAAGACAUCAACAAGCAAAUCAAUGACAAGGAGAGAGUAGCAGCUGCGAUGGAGAAUCCAAACUUGCGUGAAAUUGUGGAGCAGUGUGUUACAGAGCCUGACUAGUAGCUAUAAUACCCACAGAGUUAUCAUUUUGAUACAUUUCUUAAAAUAUCUUUGCUUAAAAGAAAAUAAUAAUAAAGGCCUUGAGUUUAAUACUUGAGUUCUUUUUAUCUUCCACAUCUUUUUUAAAAGAAAUCGUUUAUAAGAUAGAUUUAAAUCAUGAUGAAUUAGUCUCUAAAAGUGUUGCGUAUAGUGUUCAGAGUUUGUAAUUUCUGGUGUCCAGAGGAAUAUUUUAUGAUUAAAAACAGAACACCACCUAUGUAUUGCCUUCGGAUAGACCUUGUGAUUAUAAAGUCAGUUUUGCAAGUUAAAUUUCUACAUUGUUUCAAUCACUGCACUGUAAAAAUAAAACAGAUUCUUGUACUGAAA